AUGGAGCGCAGCUCUGCAGAGAAGGAGGAUCCUGAGGCAGAAGAGCCGCUAAGGUCCGAGGAGGAGGAGGAAGAUGAGGAGGAAGGAGAGGAGGGGUGGGACGACUGGUGCUUCGACGGCGAAGAUGUUGGCGGCGGGCUGCUGUGCUUGUUCUGUAGCUCGCGUUUUGACGCCGAGAGCUCACUCUUCGAGCACUGCGCCGCCGAGCACUGCUUCGAUUUCCACAGGAUUGUGAAGGAGCUGGGGCUGGAUUUCUACAGCUGCAUCAAGCUCAUCAACUUUGUCCGCUCCAAGGUUGCAGAGGAAAAAUGCUGGAGCUGUGGCCAAGCAUUCUCUUCCAACACCGAACUCUGCAGCCACUUGCACGCAAUGGAGAAUUACAAAAUUGAGGGAAAAGUGCCAUGGGAGGACGACAUUUACUUGAAACCUUUCAUGGAAGACGACUCCCUUUUGCACAGCUUGUCAAUCGAUGACGAUGAUGAUGAAGAUGAGGACUGUGGGGUGUCAAUGGAAAGAGGACAAUGUUCAGCAGGGAAUGGGGUUUUAGCUGAACCACCGGGGAACACGCUGAGAACCAUAUCGGAAAGAAAUGGUUCUGAUAUCAGCCCUCAAUUUCAUCAAGAGUGUACUAUUGGGAGUACACAAGGGGAGGACAGGGAGUCUCUUGUUCAUAAGAUGAGUGAUAGCCACCUAAAGGUUGCACGUGCUAGUGCUAAUGCCAAAGCAAUCAAAACUGUGGAUGAUAACUACUUUGGAUCUUACAGUUCAUUUGGUAUCCACAGGGAGAUGCUCGGUGAUAAAGUCAGAACAGGUGCUUACAGAGAUGCUAUUUUAGACAAUCCUAGCCUAUUAAGUGGAGCAACUGUACUGGAUGUUGGUUGUGGCACAGGAAUUCUAAGUCUUUUUGCAGCUAAGGCUGGUGCAUCUAGAGUUGUUGCUGUUGAUGGGAGUGCAAAGAUGGCUUCUGUGGCUACCCAAGUUGCAAAGAAUAAUGGUCUAUUGUAUGAUGAAAACGUGAAAGCAGAACAAAAGCAAGGUAGUGCUCAAGUGAUAAGCGUUGUACAUACAAAGGCUGAAGAGCUAAACCAGAAAAUACAAGUCCCACAAAAUGGCUUUGAUGUGUUAGUGAGUGAAUGGAUGGGAUAUUGCCUGCUGUAUGAAUCCAUGCUAAGUUCUGUCCUAUAUGCACGUGAUCAUUUUCUAAAACCUGGUGGUGCUAUUCUCCCAGAUACUGCAACUAUUCUUGGUGCUGGCUUUGGGAAAGGUGGAACUAGCUUGCCAUUUUGGGAAAACGUAUAUGGCUUCGAUAUGUCAUGUAUUGGCAAAGAAGUAACUUUAACUUCAGCUCGAUUUCCUGUAGUUGAUGUACUGUCUUCUCAGGAUAUUGUGACAGAGACUGCUGUACUCCAUUCCUUUGAUCUUGCAAGUAUGAAGGAAAGUGAGAUGGAUUUUACUGCAAGUUUUGAGCUGAGGCUCAGCGAAAGUAGUGCCGCUGUGCCUGGAGUGACCUGGUGCUAUGGCAUUGUCCUGUGGUUUGACACGGGCUUUACCAACAGAUUCUGCAAGGAGAAGCCUGUUGUCCUCUCGACCUCUCCCUUCUUGACGCCAACUCACUGGUCACAAACAAUCUUCACCUUUGAAGAGCCCAUUGCAAUGGCGAAGGAGGGAUCAACCCCGGCUUCAUCUGCAUUGGCUGGCACAGAUGAGUGCCCAGCUACGAUGCUCAGGUCUCGGAUAAGCAUUGUGAGGGCAUCUGAGCACCGUAGCAUAGACAUAUCGGUUGAAACCACAGCAAUCAGUUCAGAUGGCCGGAAGCGCAGCUGGCCUGUUCAGAUAUUCAACUUGUGA